AUGCCGGGUCAACGUCCACGUAGAGGUGGGAAGCCUUCGGGUCCAAGUCGAGGAGGGAGUCGAGGAGGGAGUCGGGGAGGGAAACGAGGGCCUGUCCCUCGGAAGCACGAUGCUUUCAGCUUUUCGCGCCUGAACGAACCGGAAGUCGAUCCCGCGCUGAAUGACCAAGACGUGGAUGACGAAUCGUUGGGCGGAGAAGAAGAAGAACACUCCGAAAGCGAGCCAGAUGUAGAGUCUGCCAGCGAAGACGAGGCCCCUUUGAAUUCCUACGCCACGCUCCUGCAUUCGCUCAAUACGGCAAGGGAAGACGGCGAACCCGUGAGAAAAAGGCGCAGACUUACAGACGGCACUACCGAGUCAAAGCAAAAAGAAACGGCCAUUCAGGAGGACAUCGGCACUCCCCAUGAUACAGCCCUGGAUGCCGGGACGGAAGACCAAACCGUGGAACUGGACGAAGAGGUCGAAGCAGACGAAGAACUCGAAGAUGGUGCAGCAGCGGAAGCGGAAGCAGAGUCGGAAGAUGAGGACGGAAUUCUCAAAGAUCCCUUCGAGAGACACUAUACGGCGGUAUCGGAGCAGGAGCUGAAGGAUGCGGCGAAGCAAGUGGACGACAGGCAGUGGGAGACGUACUCAUCCACAAUGGAAGCAGAUGUCCGUCGAACACUUUUUUCUAGGAAAGGGGAAGUUGCUCCAGGCACUGCUGUGAAAUCAGUCAAAGACCUCUGUUUGAAACGCAGACUCAUCGAAAGUGGUUCGAGGCUCCUUUCAUCGCUAUCUCCCGAAGAGAAGAACUUGGCUGGGCCGCUUUUCAACUACGUUGACAUUCUCAGCGGAUGCAGAACCCUCAAGAACGCCAGUCAACUGCGCGACCUAUCCUGCCUACACGCUUUGAACCACAUCUUCAAAACCAGAGACCGGGUGCUCAAGAACAACGCCAAACUCAGCGCCCAGUCGGACGCCGAGGCCCUAGACGUUCGAGACCAAGGAUUCACUCGGCCGAAAGUGCUGGUGAUCGUCCCCACCAAGCAAGCGUGCGUGCGGUUUGUCGACAGCAUCGUCAAGCUGAGCGAGCCGGACCAGCAAGAGAACAAAGGACGGUUCAUGGAGACGUUUUCGCAAGACGACACGGACGAGUGGCUGGACAAGCCCGCGGACUUCCGCGAACUCUUCGGCGGCAACCACGACGAAGACUUUCGGAUCGGCUUGAAGUUCACGCGGAAGACGAUCAAAUACUUCUCGGGCUUCUACAACUCGGACAUCAUUUUCGGCUCGCCGCUGGGUCUGAUGCGCACCAUCACGACAGGAGGCGGCGGCAAGAAGGACAAGAAAAAGGCCCACGACGCCGACUUCUUGUCUUCGAUCGAACUUGUCAUCAUGGACCACGCCAACGCUCUGCAAAUGCAGAACUGGCAACACGUCGAGUAUGUCUUCUCGCAGCUGAACUUGCUUCCGAAAGAUUCGCAUGGCUGCGAUUUCUCCCGCGUGCGCCAUUGGUACCUCGACGGACAGGCCAAAUAUCUGCGCCAGACCAUCAUCUUCUCCGACUACCUGACCCCCGAGAUCAACGCGUUGGCAUCGACGCAUCUGCACAACAUCGCCGGACGUGUCAAGCUCGUCCCGACCUAUGCGGGUGCCAUGCUAUCCAUCUCCUCAUUAUUGCCUUCCACCGUACACCAGACUUUCUUGCGCAUUCCGUCGCCCAAUCCUCUACAGGAUUCGGACGUCCGCUUCAAAUUCUUCACCACGACGAUCCUGCCGGCUCUGGCGCGGGACUCGAGACAUCAAAAGGGGGUAUUACUCUUCGCGCCUUCUUACGCCGACUUUGUCCGUUUGCGGAACUACCUGUCCACUUCGCCAGACGCGACCAGUCUUUCAUUCGGCUCUCUUUCCGAAUACACCCCCGUGCGAGACGUAAUGCGCGCCCGCUCGCAUUUCCUCUCCGGCCGCCACUCCAUGCUGCUGUAUUCAGAGCGUGCCCACCACCAUUUCCGAUACCGCAUCAAGGGCGUCAGGAAGAUUGUCUUCUAUGGUGUCCCGGAGAACCCGCUGUUCUGGGCUGAAAUCAUUUCUUUCUUGAACCUGCCAAGUGGGAAUUCCGCACAAAAUGAAAGUGCCAAGGCCGCGCAGGUCAAUUCAAAGGGAGCUGUUAGAGCGUUGUUCUCGAAAUGGGAUGCUCUCAAACUCGAGCGUAUCGUUGGCACAGAGAGGGUCGGUCGACUGAUUCAUGAUCGUGCGGGUGAUACAUUUGACUUUGUAUAG